AUGGGAUUUUUGGAAGAAGAUUGGAUUUUAGGGAUUUUAGGAGGUUGAGUGGCUGUUUUGGUGGUGGCGGUGCUGCUGCUUUGGGUGUGGAGAAAGGGGAUGUUUGGGGGAUUGGAGGUGAAGAAGGGGAGAGGUUGGUGGAGGAAUAAGGAAGGAGGGGAAAUUAGGUAUGAGGAUGAUGUAACAGAAUCAUUAAUGGGGCGUGAAGAGAUUGAUGAGCUAUUUGAAGUGAUCAAGAAGUUUGGAAUUUCAGAAGAAUCUUACCUAAUCUCUUUAUUUACUGAAAACUCUCAGUUAGAUAUGAAAACAGUGAUAAAAAUGAUCCAAAACAGGCAUCUCCGUUCCUUCACAACAAUUCCCAUAACCUCACCUGAUCCCAAAGAUUCGAACUCAUGAGCCAGACUCAGCCCAGCAAUCCUCUUCCGAAGCAAAAGAAGCAGCUGCUAAACUUAAGCUAAGCAGCCAUAUUCUCAAUUCUCAGUAUUAG